AUGAUUGUUGUAGCUAUCGCUGGAGGAACAGGAGCAGUGGGCAGGACAAUUGUCGAGCAGCUACAGCUCCAUGGACCUCACCAUAAAGUCUUCGUUAUGGGGCGCAAGGCUCCAACCGAAUCUAUCGCCGGCUGUCUCGAGUUUCUCCAAGUCGAUUACGAAGACGUCAGCUCUCUAACCAAGAUUCUGGAGGACCGGAAGAUUGAUACCGUGAUAUCGACAGUCAAUUUGAAGACUGAACCUGCAAGUCAGUCGCAACUGAACCUCAUCCAGGCGGCCGAUAAGUCUUGCACGACCCACCGUUUCAUUCCCAGCGAAUUCCUAUCAUUCAUAGAUGAAAAGUAUGUAACUCUUCAUGCGAAUGAAUAUUUCCUGUUUACUCACAUGCUCAACGCAAACAACAGUGACCCAGCGUCUGGACUUGCAAUAGGUGGAUGGAUCCCCAACGCACUGGCUCUGAAGAAGACGAAACUCCAGUACGUUCGAAUCUCCGUCGGCAUGUUCUCCGACUACUGGGGAAUGCCACACAUUAAGAGCAACCUCCUGCCCUUUCGCGUUUUCUUGGACAUGGAAAAGGGCAAAGCGGUGAUUCCUAGUACGGGCGAUGAUAAAUUUACCGUCACUUACAGCGAAGACCUUGCCCGAGUCAUUGUCCGCCUUCUUGACACGGACAAGUGGCCUGAGCGCCUCUUUUUAUCAGUUUCUGAUAUUUCCAUGAAUGAACUGGUUGCAUGCGCCGAGAAAAUCCGGGGCUCUAGAAUUGACGUGGUGUAUGAUACGGCUGAAAAACUAGGAAAAGGAGAAGCUAGCCUUGUAUGGCACCCAGAAGGCAUCCCGGAGAGCGAGUUCAUGCCUCUGCUAGUAGGGUUCUCUCUUAUGAUGAUAUGUGGUGCUGGUAUCCUGCCGCAUGACAACUGCAGGGUUGACAAACUCUUUCCGGAUCUUCAUCUAACAACGGUAGAGGAACUUCUAGCUACAGCUUGGCAGGGUAGGUAG